AUGUGCAAGUUGAAGGAAAAUUGCAACUUUUGUGAACCCAAAGACGUUGGUCUGACUUCCCUCAGGGGCCAGAAGCUCUGUCCAGAGUAUCUUUCACGACUCUACAAGAAAUUUCCCACACUUCCUCAAGACCGCAUCCUCAACCCAGAAAAUUUGAGCGAGACUCUCAAGAGCUUAGCCGAGAAGAACGAAGAAGAACUGGUCGAUAUCAACCGACGAACUGAAGAGGUCAAUUCAAUCCUGCUUCGACUCAACAGCAAAAUAAUGGAACUGAAGAUUAUCAAGGAGGAGAGCCUCAAGGAGCAGUCUGCCCUCUGGUUUCUGGCUGAUUCGAUCAUCAAGACAGAAGAAGCGGAUCUCCAAAAGAAGAACUUAUCAAAGAAAAACCCGUAA